AUGUCCAAUGAUACCACCAAAGGCCGUUCCCGUGUGAGCAAGCCGAAACCGGGAAAACAGAAAAAGGAAGAAAACCUUCCGUCGAAUGAAAACUCUUGCAUAAUUUGUGCCGAGGCGAUCUUGUACUCGGCGGUUUCUCCAUGCAACAACGUCACUUGCCAUCUCUGUUGUUUCAGACAAAGGGCGCUUUAUGAGAGGAACACGUGUUUGGUAUGCCGAACUGAACACCCGCAGGUGGUGUUCACGGAUCAGGUUUUGGAGCCCGAGGCGAAAUACACCCAUUUUGAAGAUCUGAGCAAGGUCCUCAUCAACGAUAAGUACGGGAUUCGGUUCACCUCGGAAGAUGCCCAAAACGCCACCAUGCUGCUUCUAGAACAGAAAUGCACCAUGUGUGACGAGACCUUCCCAAAAUUCAAAGAUUUGGCCGACCACACCAAGAACACUCACAAUAAGGAAUACUGUUCCAUUUGUGCCAGCCAUAGAAAGGCUUUUACGAGUGAGUUGAAGCUAUACACUAGGAAGCAGCUCCAGCGACACCUUCAGGAUGGUGACUUUGAGGGCUUUACCGGACACCCUCGUUGUAAAUUCUGCAGAAACAAGCAGUUCUACUCCGAGGACGAACUCAAUAUCCACAUUAGAGACUCCCACGAGAGAUGUUACAUCUGUGACCAGGACCAGCCCCGCCAGUCAGCAUAUUAUAGAAACUACGACCACCUUUACGAGCAUUUCAAGGAUUUCCACUACGUGUGCUCUGUUCCCUCAUGUGUGGAGAAACGAUUUGUCGUCUUCAGAGAAGAUCUCGACCUCACGGCUCACAUGUUGAAGGAACACGGAGGACUUACAGGCCACAACGGCAGGGUGGUGAUUGGCGCCGGCUACCAAUCGCAGCUCUCCACUUUCUCCCAAAAUCACCGUCCUCGGCCUCAACCCCAGCAGGACUCCAUGGAUACCAAAAGAAGACGGUUGGAGGAGCGUGCCAAACAUUACCUCAACAGUAACGAAGAGGACAUGGCCCGCUUCGCCGAUAUCAACCAAGCAUACAAAUCCAAACGCAUCGACGCCCUGCGUCUCAUCAGUGACUACGAAGCCUUAUUCAAGGUGCCCGAGCUGGACCUUUCUCUUUUGGUCUACGAGUUGGCCGAAUUGUACCCACAAAGCUCCGACCAAAGACAACAGCUCCACUCGGUUUAUUUAUCGAAAUACCCAGCAUCGCCUUCGUCCUCUCAUGCUGCAUCUCCAGGCUUGACCGAGAAGUUCCCUGUUCUUGGAAACGGCUCUCUGAGCUCCAUUUCGCUCUCUCUGUGGGCGCCAUCACAGCUGAAGAAAACACAAAAUGAGCUUUUCCCAAGGUUGCCUAAACCAGCUAAGCCUACGGUUGUCAAGAACGAUCAGCCUGUUCGUUACGUCAAAAUGAAGAAGCCACAGCCCAAGCCGUCAGUCACUGUGAACAACUUCCAAGGCAAUUCAAGUUUUAGACCAACUUACUUGGAGUCUCAGAGACUGUCUUCAGCAUCUUCAUUUCCUUCAUUGAACGGUUCCGCUAGCUCUAGCAAUGCCAAUCUGCGCAGUAACUCUCCUAUGGUGAGUGCCAGUCCAAAGCUUUCAGAUAAGAGCUUCCCUGCGUUGGCGAAAAAGACUACCAAAAAAGAAAUUCCUAGAGUUAAUCCCGUUAGCAACGGCUCGGGCUCUUGGGGAACUGGCCUUGCUCAGCCCACACCAAAACCUACGGAGGAUUUUGGUAUUCCCAUCAUAGAUAAAAAGGCUGAAAAGCUCAGACGGAAGCAGGAGCGGGCUCAGCGGAAGUGA